GACGCGCAGCAUGAAGGAGGAGGAGGGCAGCGGAGCGCGCUGAGAGAGACUCUCCAAGAGUGUACCGCCGGGCGUCAGAGUAUGAAGGGAUGUGAGCUGAACUUGUGGUAGAAUGGCACCCCAUCCCACAUGGACCUCUGAGGGAUGGCCGCUUCUCACCACCAUCACCACCACCACUACCACCACCACCACCACCAGAGCGCGGACCUGCGGCGGCUCUUCCACCGGCUCACCAUCGCCACCUCUCUGAGCAUCCUCUGCUUCUCCCUGGUCUACCUCCUCACCGGAUGCUGCGAGUCGGAGCUGACGGAAAACUUUGAGAUCAAGGCGCCCUCGCGCGAGUUCCUCGUAGCAGGGUCAGGAUGGCCGUACGACAGAAACGGAACCAGGGAGGUGACCGCCCCGGCUGGCGAGGGCGCGUCCAGCCCUCAUCCCGGGCUGGAGGCGAACAGCUCGGGGAAAGAAUGGACCGCCACGCGAAGAUUGCCCCAGGCUCUCAUCAUAGGGGUUAAAAAGGGAGGCACCAGGGCUCUGCUGGAGUUUCUGCGGCUCCACCCGGACAUCCGCGCCCUGGGGUCGGAGCCGCACUUCUUCGACCGGCAUUACGCACGAGGACUGGACUGGUACAGAAGUAUGAUGCCCAAAGCCCUGGACGGACAGAUCGUCAUGGAGAAGACGCCUCGUUACUUUGUUACUGUGGAAACACCAGCACGAGUCCAUGCUAUGUCGCAGGACGUGAAGCUGAUCGUGGUCGUCCGUGACCCCGUGACCAGAGCCAUAUCUGACUACACACAGAUCAUCUCCAAGACCCCCGACAUCCCUCCCUUCGAGAGCCUCGCCUUCAAGAACCGCACCACAGGUCAGAUUGACUCUCUGUGGAGCCCACUGUGGAUCGGCCUGUAUGCCCAGCACCUAGAGCGAUGGCUGGCCUGGUUCCCCAGGACUCAGAUCCAUCUGGUCAGCGGGGAGAGGCUCAUAUCCGACCCGGCCGGAGAGCUGGGCAAAGUCCAGGACUUCCUGGGUCUCCAGAGGAUCGUCACGGACAAGCACUUCUACUUCAACAAAACGAAAGGCUUCCCCUGCCUGAAGAAGCCGGAGGGCAGCAGUAAACCUCACUGCCUGGGGAAGACCAAAGGGAGGAUGCACGCCUUCAUUGACCCGGAGGUGAUGCAAAGACUGAGGGAUUUCUAUAAGCCACAUAACCAGCGCUUCUAUCAGAUGGUGGGCCAGGACUUUGGAUGGCAGUGACCCCGUGAUUAGCGUCACGCUGCUUUGUGCGAAUUUUCCAUCUGACUGAAACAGAUGCAAAGAGUCGGACCGCAGAAGAUUCAGAGAACAGAGCUGCUUCUGACCAGCGGACGGACAUGUCACCUAAUGAUGAGAGCCCAGCGUCAAUACAUCCGCCUCUAUCAAUCAGUCGUCUUGUUCUAGAGUUUGAAAGACAGGACGCAGUCAUUUUAUCUGUCGUAGAUGUUCAAUAAAAGGUGCUUUUGAGGUCCGAAACAAGGGAGUCCCCCGUGCACCUUUCUCGUUUGGUAGGAUACUUCCUCCUACGCAUGGUGGUUAAUUGAAGCAUUCGUGUGCACAGUCUGUCCUGUGGCUGUGGUUGCUAUAGGUUACUGCUGUAAAAAGUUGAAUGGUGAAAUACGCAGUGUAGCUUUUAGUGUCUCUUGUCGGCAGUGUAAUCCCGAUGCUCUAGUUGGUAGGCUGUAGUGGCACGAUGAACAGACACAUCUUCCUUCACAUUCCCCAAUUUCCAUGACUUUCUCUUUCUACCUGUUUGUUCUAAAGUCUCACCAGUUACGAAUUUCAAACCGAUCAAUGCAUUCGUAUUGCGUAUUGUCCUCCAAGCAUCGUUCCUGAAAAGGGGGGGGGGGGGAUGAAUCUUUUAUGUGGCGAGCAGCAGAGGCAUGAGCGAGAGAAUCUUUAUAUGAGCUCAGAUUUGACUGAGUGGUUUUGUAUUCCUGAAUAAUGAAUGUGGAUAAAUGGGUGUAGGGGAAUUGGUGCGCAUCACUCGCCUCUCUGCCUAUUGGCACAUUUAUGUGCUCGGCUUAGGUUAGCAUCCGACUGCAGAAGCACCCUGCUAUACCCUGAGAGAAGUAAAAGGACCACUGAAGGACAACCAAAACAAGACCAGGUCACAUCCGUGAGCGGAGGUCGACCUAUCGCUGGUCGGGGUUUCAUUGUGUUACUGUGAGAGGGCGUGCUGACAGGGUUGUCUCUUUUCAGUUUGCAUGUAUUUGCACUAG